AUGAAGUUUCUUCUCGUAACUCUGUUGGCAACGUUGGCAGCUGCCCUGCCAUCAGCACCCUUGACCGAGGACUCUCUCGAGGCUCGCCAGUUGCCCGUCGCCUGCGACUGUACCCUGCGUGUAUCGUCGUUGGUGUUUAGCGACAGAAUCCCCGUCGGACAAGGCCGUAUCCAGCGGAACAUGCGUGUGGUCAACGGCAACAACCAGUUCUGCAGCGUGACCUUUGAGCGCGGGAACAACAACAAGUGUAACCUGUUCAGGCAAGUUGCAGGACCCAGCGGCGGCGGAUGUACGCCGGCAUCCGGCAGCCUGGAGUGUCAUGAAGCGUUCUAG